GGUGACUAAUUACCAUUUGCUCACUCCAACAGUGCUGAAGUAUGAAGGUCACUAGAAAAUGUCGUCGUUGAAGUGAUACCUAUUUAACUAUAACUGUACAUGUAAAAUGGAAUCCUUUGCAUGUAAAGUUUGUUCCUUAGUAAUGGGAAAUGAAGGUCGUCUCCCAAAAGUCCUUGGAUGUGGCCAUACCCUUUGCUCAGUUUGUGUCCCACGUUUGGUAGAACAUGAUUUCAUUGAGUGCCCUCACUGUGAAGUUAAUUGUUUUACACGGUCUGCUGAUGACAUUCCCAUAAAUCACAUGGUCAACACCAUUCUUCAGUCAUCUUUUGCAGGACACUUAGUAGCAAUUGCCAAUAUUAUUAAAGAAUAUGAAGAUCAAGAACCUGGCCAAGCAGCUUCUGCAUCAAAGGAUGAUGUGCCUUCAAAGAUUCAUUCUACCAAAAAAUGUGCCACGCCUCCUCAGCCCCAAGCUGCUGCAGAGGCUUGUAUCCUCAAAGCAGCUACUGGGUCAGACCCCCAAAAACAGAAAGAUCCUGAUAAAACAGAGUCACUUAAAAGUCCACACCAUUCUAAAAUAGUAACGGUGAAUGUUACGCAGAAAGAAUUUCCAAAGCUUGAGUUCCCUCAACUUGCAAGUUUGAACAGAACAGCUUCUGAAGAACCCAGACUUUCAAAACAAAAUGGCAAUCGCUCUCAUACUAAGGCAAAACAGUCUGAAGACUCGAAAGAAAGCAAACAGUCUGAAGACUCGAAAGAAAGCAAACAGUCUGAAGACUCGAAAGAAAGCAAACAGUCUGAAGACUCGAAAGAAAGCAAACAGUCUGAAGACUCGAAAGAAAGCAAACAGUCUGAAGACUCGAAAGAAAGCAAACAGUCUGAAGACUCGAAAGAAAGCAAACAGUCUGAAGACUCGAAAGAAAGCAAACAGUCUGAAGACUCGAAAGAAAGCAAACAGUCUAAAACUUCAGAGCAAGGCAGGAUCGAAGGAAGUAACAAGUCUGAUUGUAUUGCUGAAGAACCUGACUAUCAUGCAGGCAAAUGUGAAACUCAUCAGAAGUACAAAACAUUUUACUGUAUUAAAUGCAUUCAGUGGACAUGCUUCUCCUGUAUAAAGAUAUACCACCCACAAAAAACUUGUAUUACUACUACCCUUCGUCAAGGUCGUGAACUAAUGAGACACCUGGAGACUGAGGAAAUUGCCAAAAUUUUAAAGGAAUUUGAAGAUGACAUUAAUUUUCUCCGUAAAAGAAAUCGCACAGUUAGGAAAUUAAUUUGCCAGUUUAAGAAGCAAAUAUUGGAGCUCAGAAUUCUCCUUAACCACUGUGAAAAAGCAGAGAAGAAGCUUGUGUUGGAAGUUUUUGAUAUGAAUUCGGUGAUAGCCGAUGGGUUGGACUCUGUAUUUAUGUUACUGACAGCGCAACGAAUUCUUCUAGAUGAUUCUUAUGCAGAAGAGCUCAUUGGAAAGGCACGUAGUGUUGAUGAUUAUAUGCGAAUACGUCAACAGUGGUUUGGACCAAGUAACUUUGAAAAUUCUUCAGUAAUUAAACAUGCAAUGGAGCUUCAAAAAGCAUUAGAGGCUUCAUUUAAAGUCUUCAGAGGGUUUCAACAAAACUUUGUGCAUGGGAAUUUCUCCUUUACACCACCUGAAAAGGCCAGGGAGAAAUUGACUGUGCUUGCUGCACAGAUACUUGGAGGAAGCAGAGCCGGCACCAUGGGUAGUGCUGGAGACAGAUCUGUACCCUCAGCAGCUGGAAGCACAACAGAAACUGCCUCAACAGGUGGAAGUACUACAGAAACUGCCUCAGCAGCUGGAAGUACUACAGAAACUGCCUCAGCAGCUGGAAGUACUACAGAAACUGCCUCAGCAGCUGGAAGUACUACAGAAACUGCCUCAGCAGCUGGAAGUACUACAGAAACUGCCUCAGGAGCUGGUAGCACCUCAGACAUUGCUUCAGCAGUAUCAAAGGAGACCCUGAGUACCACUGAGUCAACCAGUGGGAGCGGGAGCAAGAAAGUUGAAGAACCAACUGGAGAAUCCCGAAUCUCCGAAGACUCACUUUUUGUCUCGGAGUAUGGACAACAAUCAGCUGAUCUUUCUCAGUCUACUGAGACAUAUGACAAAGAGACCUCUCAAACCUCAAGUAGCAUCGAAAAUCCUGUGGCGCUAUCUGAUUUAUUUGAGGGAAUUAGAUUAGAGGUAAUUCUUGGAGAGGACACACCAACUGAAGAUGAGCAGGAAAGCAUCACCAGUGAAGUGGACUAACCAGAUUUACCAGCAGAGUGGCAAUUGUAGUGGUUAAGGUGGAGCACAGGAAAGCCUUGAAAAUAUUUUAUAAUUCUAAUACUAAAAGCAAAAAAAAAAAAAAAAAAGUUUAAAUUUAGGGAUUUCUAAUAGGGAACUGGUUAUUUUGAUGAAUUAGUAUUUGCAAUACUGGAUGCAUGCAUUCAUUGUCACACAUUUUUGGAGUUUGUAAAGAUGUUUGAAGAUAGUGUUAGUAUUGGAAUUUUGUUUUAGUUGCUUUAUUUUAACAUAAUUUAUAGUAAGAUGUUUAUAAUAAAGUUUAAUUGCAUUUCAAUUUAUUUAUAAUAAAAGUUUAAUUGCAUUUCAA